UCGUAGAAACGAAGGAUUGAAGUGAGAAAGGGGUUUGAAUAAAGGAGGGAGGGAUGGAGAGAGGAGUUUUGGGUGGAAAUUAUCCAUACGAAAAUGGAGUGGUGAUGAGCAGAGAUCCAAAGCCAAGGCUUCGAUGGACUGCUGAUCUCCAUCAUCGAUUCGUUGAUGCUGUUACCAAACUCGGCGGACCUGAUAAAGCAACCCCAAAGUCAGUACUAAGGUUGAUGGGAUUAAAGGGUUUGACACUAUACCAUUUAAAGAGCCAUUUACAGAAAUACAGACUGGGACAACAGCAAGCUAAAAAACAAACUGCUAAAGAACAGACAAAAGAAAGUGGGAGUUCCUACGUAAAUUUCAGCAAUCACUCCUCAGCAGUAAGUACCAGUUCCUCUGCAAUUGAGAUUCAACAAGGCCCAGGAGAGCUCCCAGUUACAGAGCCACUGAAGUCCCAAAUGGAAGCACAUAAGAGAUUAGAAGAACAACUUGAGGUACAGAAAAAACUACAAAUGAGAAUAGAAGCACAAGGGAAGUACUUGCAAGAAAUAUUAGAGAAAGCCCAAAAGAGCCUAUCACUUGAUAUGAAAUGCAAUGGUAAUAAUCUAGAUUUGGCUCUAUCUAAUCUCAUUCAAAGCAUGAAUGAGGAAGGAAGAAAAGAUAACAUCACUGACUUAAAAGAUAUUUACAACAAGGAAAAUCCUUGGGCUUUCUAUAUCAGCAAACAAGGAGAGAGAGAAGAAAUCAAUGAUUUGGAGCACAAGGUUGAAGCUCAUCCCAUUCAUUUAGACUUAAACACAAAAGGUACCUAUGAUUCGCUUUCUGUAAAUGGAUCUACGAUAGGAACUCAACAUGCUUUCAUAUAAGAGAUGAGAAAUUCAAGCUAUUUCAUGUAAUGUAUACAACAUAGUAUGUUAUAUAUGGCCUUAGAACUUCCAUCUCCUAUUGGCUACCUUUUAAAGCAAUAAUUCUAAUAAGGUAUUUAUUUAUUUUAGUACAA